AGGCGUUAACCCCGCGGAGGCAGUGGCAAGAUGGCAUCCUUGGAUCGGGUGAAGGUACUGGUGUUAGGAGAUUCAGGUGUUGGGAAAUCGUCACUUGUUCAUCUUCUAUGCCAAAAUCAGGUGCUGGGAAAUCCAUCAUGGACUGUGGGCUGCUCAGUGGAUGUCAGAGUUCAUGACUACAAAGAAGGAACCCCAGAAGAGAAGACCUACUAUAUAGAAUUAUGGGAUGUUGGAGGAUCUGUGGGCAGUGCCAGCAGUGUGAAAAGCACAAGAGCAGUAUUCUACAACUCUGUAAAUGGUAUUAUUUUAGUGCACGACUUAACAAAUAAGAAGUCAUCUCAAAACUUGUAUCGUUGGUCAUCAGAAGCUCUCAACAGGGAUUUGGUGCCAACUGGAGUCUUGGUGACAAACGGGGAUUAUGAUCGAGAACAGUUUGCUGAUAACCAAAUCCCACUGUUGGUAAUAGGGACUAAACUGGACCAGAUUCAUGAAACCAAGCGCCAUGAAGUUUUAACUAGGACUGCUUUCCUGGCUGAGGAUUUCAUUGCAGAAGAGAUUAAUUUGGAUUGCACAAAUCCACGGUACUUAGCUGCAGGUUCCUCCAAUGCUGUCAAGCUCAGUAGGUUUUUUGAUAAGGUUAUAGAGAAGAGAUACUUUUUAAGAGAAGGUAAUCAGAUUCCAGGUUUUCCUGAUCGAAAAAGAUUUGGGGGAGGAACAUUAAAGAACCUUCAUUAUGACUGAAUUACAUUCCCCCUUUGGAAGAGCGAGCAAACAGUGGCAGUUUUUCACAGCUUUCCCUUUGCUGUGUUUGAUUAUUAAUGUCUUUUAACAAGAUCAUCUUAAAAUACCAUCCUUCAGCCUCUCCCUUUAAUGGAAAAUGAAAGAAGGGACAGCAUGGACAGUCCACACUUGGUCCCUGUUUUCUCUGUUCCUCACCUUUCCAUCCCUGUUUAUGGAUUACGUAAAAACCCUGUGGAAAUAUGAGAUACUGUCAAAAUGUUGCUAAAUGAGCACUGAUGGAGUACUGCAGAGAAAAUUCACUCCUGCCUGGAACUGGCGGGGUUUUAUGGGUCUGUACUUUUCCCACACUCAUUGCUGAAGGCUUAAUUAAGUACUUCAAAAAUGUAUCUCUAUUGUUUUACCUUCUUUCCAGGGGAAAGGUUCUGUUAACCAGCUCUGAGUUGUCCACCCCAAACAAUCUCUGUCAUUUUCAAAGACACAAAAUGGUGUUAUUUAAUUGUCUCCACCCUCAUUACACAUAGGGAUGCCUAAUAAUAGCAACCUUGUCUCCCUCUUCGCUCCUUUGCAAAUGGCUCAGUGGCUAGAAGAGGUGGACUAAUAGCUGGAGUUAAAUAUAAAUACAGAUUAAUAAUACAUGGAGAACAGCAGUACCAGAAAAAAAGAAUUCUGUGAAAAAUUGACAGCUCCUUCACCUUUAGGUUGCAGCUGUCUGUGAUAUCAUUGUUUUAUUUGGAAAAUAGAUAUGGUAAAAUCUAAGACCUGCACAGGGGCAAUAGAGAUUUAUAGCCUCUUAUUUUUUUUUUUUUUUAAGGAAUAGUCAACUCCUGAAAUUGUCAACUCCUGAGUCAAUUCUCAGAAAACUAAGAAUAUUAUUCUUGUGUCAACAAUAUUUUUAUGGAGAGAAGUAAAAAUAAGUUCCACAGCAACACAUUUACAUGAAUUAUGAACUAGGAUUCUUGGAUUUCAUAAUCACUCCAAAGCUUUUUGGGGGUGGUGUGUGUGUGUGCAUGUGUGUAUGCAUAAUUGUUCAUCGUUACUUUUUUUUUUAACCCAUCUUUUUUGCUUAACUCUCUCUGUACUAAGUUCUUUAGUAUAUAAAUUAGUAUCUAAAAACUAAUUGAUUCAACACUUUUAUCACCCAUAUUCUUUCUCUGGCUCUGGUGCAGGUCUCCACACGUGAAUGCUCAUAUUACAAAACAACAAUAAUAAUAAUAAAUGUGUAGUUUCAGCUUCUCAUUUUAAAGCUGGGGAAAAUUUUUCUAUUUCAUUUUAAAUUUCAGAAGUGUUUUGAGAAUCAAGGUAUGCUUAAGAGGAUAUUAAAAUAAUAUCAGAGAGUGCUUUGAAAAGGCAGUCUUGGGAAUUUGGGAAAGAAUUUUAAAAGCAGUUUUCAUCAGCUAGACUGUUCUCCAGACUUUUUUUCCUUCCUCUCUGAUAAGCUAUAGCCCUUGUGUCUUUUUGACAUAAAGAGAAAGCUAUGCCCAUCCUGAUCUGUAUGUGGAAUCUGUCACAAGUGUGUCAGAGCAGAGACUGCGCAAUUAGGAAGUGGCAACUAAAUGCUACACAAAGACCUAACCCAGCUGAAGCUCUUUCUAUUCUCCUUUAAGGAAUAAAUCAAAAACCCUUUCCUUCCCUCUCCUUUCUUCCUUUCUUUCUCUUAAUUAAGAAAAAAACUAUCCCAAUUUUUUUUUUUUUGUUUUCUACCUUAUUAAAAAAAAGUAACCCAUCACUGAUUGCCCCAAGGUCAAUCUGGAAAAAUGAACAGUAUUGAAGAAUACUGUUCCUCAACUCUUUCUUCUUGCUCCCAGGUUUGAUUUCCUGAAAUCAAUGUUUUCCUAAGGAAAACAUUUUUUUAAUAAGGUAAUUUUGUUGAGAAAGUGUGCUAAGAAAGGAGCUGCAAGGGGAUGAGAGGAAAGGGUGGAGGGCCCAUAAGAAUGUGGGUAUGAAGUAAGCUAGUUAACCAAUGACCAGUAGAAAAGGGCAGUACUGCCUGGAGGUGCAGAGAGGCCAAUCACAGACUUGCAACCUCUUUCAAUCAAGAAACUAUUUAUACCCAUGUACUGGCAAAGCCCUUUGCAUCUCUGUCUCUCUCACCUUCUCUCCAAGAUGAGAGGGGCCCACUUCUAAACUUUGUCUUUCUCAAUAAAAUUUCUCCUCGUUACACUGAAA